CUGCUUCACCACUGAGGUUCUUGAAGGAUUUGAUGUCCAAAGAACCACUGGGUAUGCUGACACUGAAAAGAAAUACGGCCACCUCACGGGCUCUAUAAUUGAUUACUACAGCAGAAACUUCUCUGCUGGUGCUGAUACCUCUCGACUUUGCCUGACCUACGACGAGUUUGUGAAGAGGUGUUCUGACCUUGAGAAGGUCACUAUGAGCGAUAUAUUCGCCCUUCAGCUUAUGCAGGUGCCACAAGUGACGGAUGAAGCUGCUCUUGCUAUCACGAGUCUCUACCCCACCCUUCUCUCGCUUGCUAAGGCGUACACCAUGCUUGAUCGCGAUAGGCCUGCCCAGGAGGAGAUGCUGAAGAAUAAGAGCGGCAUGGUCAACACGGGAGCUAGCAAGAACAUCUUCAAGCUCAUCUGGGCGGAAGGAUGA